AUGAGAGAGCACAUUGCCAUCGGUGCAGGCCCCUUGCUUGUCUUUCGCAGUGACAGCCUGAUACGUUCGGCAGAUGAGGCCAAGUGGUGCUGCGUGAACGAUGCUCAGGUUCCUGCGUUUCGCAUCGUUCAAGUCCUCGCAGACACUCAGCAAAACCCAAGAGCCGCAUUAGGUGUCACCUUGCAGAUAAGUCUUCUGGACGCAGGCAGCAUAUGGAGUUCCGCAUUGCCCCAGUUGAAGCGGCUGUCGAAGUGGCGUGCCAUUGGAUCCAGGGCUGAAUUUAUUGUCGGCGAUCGCUUCAUGCCGUUUUCUCUUUUUCGCUGGGCAGAACCUCCCAUUGCCCUUGGAAGUUUUUUGAUGACCGUGGACGACACUGAGCUGGACACCUUUGGCAUGGGAAAAAGAUUCGAUUUCAUGCAGCAGUACGUGAGUUUCAAGGAUCUUUUGACGUUCAGGUCCAAUCUUGACAGCGAUGUUUCUGUGAUGACAUGUAUGGAUGGUCAGCAGACCAAGCACCGUCUCAGCUUGAAGUGGAAUAGCAGCAGAUUUGAGGGAGGUGUUCGCUACCUCUACGAGCCGAAUUUUGAUGCGACAGCCAAGGACUAUGAGUCCUGCCUGCAGAAUGGCAUGCAAUGUGGAGAACACGCAAACCCCACGUGUGGCGAUCACUUCCUGCGCAUCAGGUUUCAGCUGCGAGGAGAUCGUCAGCACAGGGAUGAUUGUUGUCCGGUCACUACGCUGACUGAUAUCCGCAAGUGCUUUGUGCCGAAGGGUGAGACAUGGCAAUUGGUGACUGACAGAGGUGUUGCACUCAACGUGGACUUCAUGGAAGAGUUGAGUCAAGCAGUCCGCUUGGUGCGAGAGGACUUGACUCUAUUGAGCAAAGCUGUCCGAGAUGCUGCUUUAAAACUCAGCAACACAUCAUGGAAGGAUGGUACAUCCGGCAAAACUCAGGCAAACUCCACUGGGAAUUCCACAAAUUCAAAUAGCUCCAAUCAGACGUCGAAUUCAACGUCCAAUUCCACGUCGAAUGGCACAUCGAACGCAAACAAGAUCGGCGAGCAAGCAGAUGCUGAGGAUUAUCAUGCUUUGGAUGACGUGAAGGUGACUGUCGGCGGUAAGCACCACGAGAGGCAUGCUCCAAAGAACUCUAGCAAGAUCGGCGAGCAAAGCGCAGAGUCCCACUAUUUCGUGGAAGGGGUGAAGGCAUCGGUUGUCCACAAGCACAAGCACCGAAAGAGGCGGCCACAUCGGGCAACUGGAAUCCUCACCCCAGGAGCGAUUCCCAAAGUUGCCGAUCCUCUGGCCCAGCGCAAACAGACCGCCAAGAAGAUUAGCAAGCAUCAAAAGCACAAGGGGACGCAAAAGAAUUUGGAAAAGAAGCCAGAGACCUCACAGGCGAAGCCUCUUCCUGCAAAGGCCGGGUUUACUCUAGAAGCUGAUCAGUCCAACAAUUUGCCUGUGCCACACUCUGACAUCCUUGCCAGCAGGAUCCAAACAGGUCUAAGGAACAAUUAUUAUGUGUGUUAA